AGCUCACAAUGGGAAGACACAUAGAUGUCUAUGUGCCACACAUGGUAACUACAGUCCUGGAACAAAAGGGGGGCCAUUGGCUCUCUCCAAGCCGGAUGAUGAAGUUUCAGGUAACCCUGACUGAGCAGGAUGACAUUGCACUAAAAACAACUAACCUCUUGAAUCCAGCUCUAUUUCUAGGUGCCACAGCUGAGGAAGGUCCAUUAGAGCAUGACUGUCUAGAAGUCAUCGAGCACACUUAUUCAGCAAGAACAGAUCUGAAGGAUGUCCCCCUGGAGCAACCAGAGUGGGAACUCUUUACAGAUGGAAGCAGCUUCAUGGAGCACGGAGCCAGAUACGCGGGAUAUGCGGUAACUACAACUGAUGUAGUAAUAGAGGCAAAAUCACUACCACCUAACACGUCUGCACAAAGGGCAGAACUAAUCGCAUUAACCAGAGCACUCGAGCUGAGUGAAGGGAAGACAGUGAAUAUUUGGACUGACUCCAAAUAUGCCUUCGGAGUAGUGCAUGUACACGGAGCUUUAUGGAAAGAAAGAGGACUGCUGUCCUCCCAAGGGACAAAUAUUAAACAUCAAGAUGCAGUCCUACAAUUGAUAGAUGCAGUACAAAAACCUGAACAAGUAGCAAUCAUGCACUGCAAGGCAAGACAUCAAUCAGGCAACUCCAAAAUUUGUGAAGGAAAUCGAAAAGCAGAUUGGGCAGCCCGUCAGGUAGCGCGAGAGGUGCAGAAAACAAUGGCGUUGAUACCAUCAAGACUUAAUAUCUCUCAAUUUAAUUUGCCUCCGAAGCCAAACUAUACAAUCGAAGAUGACAGACUAGCACAACUGCUGAAGGCACAGAAGCACGCAGAAGGGUGGUAUGUAACCGCACAAGGGCAAAUAGUGGUACCUCCUUUGGUAAUGAGAGAAAUUUUACAGGUAAAACAUAAUGAGUGUCACUGGGGUGCAGAGGCGUUGGUAAAGUGGUUAAGACAAUACCUAAUCUCAGUACAGAUGCAAACAAUGGCCAAGUCAGUAAUGUCUAAAUGUGAAAUCUGUCUGAAAAACAAUCCCGUAGCUAGACGACAGGCACAGUUAGGCAGAAUUCGGAUAGGAAUAGAACCAGGAGACUAUUGGCAAGUGGAUUUUGCAGAACUGCCAAAAACUCGGGGAUACAAAUACCUGUUAGUAGGGGUUGACACGUUUUCUGGAUGGCCAGAAGCCCUUCCCUGUCGCACAAACCAAGCAAAGGAAACAGUUAAGUGGUUAUUACAGGAGAUCAUUCCCAGGUUUGGGGUGCCCCUAGGGAUAUCAUCAGACAGAGGCCCACACUUCAUAGCCACGGUGGUACAAGGGGUAAGCAAGUUAUUGGGAAUAUCUUGGGACCUCCACACACCAUGGAGACCCCAGUCAAGUGGGCAAGUAGAAAGAAUGAACCAGACACUGAAGAGGCAGAUCAGUAAAAUAUGCCAGGAAGCCAAACUGCAGUGGCCACAGGCUUUGCCGAUAGCAUUGCUGAGGAUUCGGAUAAAGCCUAGGAGUGGGAUGUCAGUUAGUCCUUAUGAAAUAUUGUAUGGGAAACCAUAUGAAUCUCCUAACCCCAAUCCAAAUGUUCAUGUCACAGGGAAACAAGAUGUGUAUAAUUAUGUUCUGUCCCUCGGGAAAACUCUAGCUCGGCUUCGAAGUGUUCUCGUGUGGAACAGACCACUGGCCCUGGAGAAUCCAGUCCACAAUAUUGAACCAGGAGAUGAGGUAUACAUCAAAACCUGGAACGAAGAACCACUAAAAGAGAAGUGGACUGGUCCCCAUCAGGUACUGCUAACCACCUUUACAGCAGUCAAAGUGGCUGGAGUGGAACCCUGGAUACACUACACGCGUGUGAAGAAGGUCCCUCGUGGAGUCCAGUCGUGGGCUGUAGAAACUUUUGGACCAACAAAGCUGAGGCUGAAACGUCUGUAACUGUUCAAAUGGUAUUGUUUACAGAAUCCUGAAGAGAGAGAUACAGAAAAAGGCAUCUUGGAACAGGACCAUAAUGAAGGCAUUGGCACGGAACCCAGCACCUUCAAUCUGCAACAACAUCCCGGACAAAGAUGACAACAGAGGAUUUGAAGAUGAACAUCCAGUAUGAACUCUGAAGCCUAAUGGACUGUAUUAAGUGAAAGCAUUUACACUUAGUAUAUUAGAGUGAAAAUACUUUCAAAGGGGGAAAUGUUGGUGGAGGGUUAAAAAAUAUAAUUUCUGGGUUAAGUUGAGGUAUGUGUGGGGGGAGGAAAGUAGAGAACGUACAACUGGAACGUGACGCAGCUCAGCUCGGAACAAGCGUCAGCUUCUGCAAACAGCUCCAUGCUAUUGUAAUGACCGAAUCAAGUGUGACUGCAACUCAGGGGAUAAUUGAGAAGCAUUGUUUUAACCAAAUCAAGUGUGGAUCAGGGUAGAAGCGUAGGUAUGAUUUAAGAUAGUAACUAAGGAAUAGGAUAAUCAGUAUCUAGGGGUGGGGGUUAGUUAACAUGUGUAUAAUUUAAACUAUAAAAAUCACGAAUCGACUCUGUAUUCUUUGGACAUCAGAUUUGGGUGUAUCAUCACCCCUGUGUCCCGCGCGCUUGAAUAAAGAACCGCAUAUGAUCGCCUUCGUGUGGUUAUAUGUUUUCCUACGCUAACAAGUCCAGCAAUUGGUGUGCAGUCGGAAGGGAAAAUCCUUCCACUGUACCCAUCACGCUGUCUUUACUGACACUUUACCAUGCUAGUUAAUCAAUUAUUAAAUGUAAUUGCUGC